UAGAGUGGAGAAGAGAGCUUAAACAGACAUUGGGCAGCUGCAUGCGGGCACAAGCUGCGGAUGAAGUUUUGGGAAAGGAACCAGUUACAGUGUAAUGUGGGACAUUUUAAACGUCUGUCUGCCUCUCUCUGUCUCUCACUGCCUUAACUGUGAGUGAGAUGGUGCGAUGUUCCGUCCAGCCUUACAAAACGUGGACUUGCUUUGGUUGAUUUUACUUUGUUGUAUUUUUCUUCCGGAGGCCGGCUGCAGAUCGGCCGAUGCAAACAGCUGUCAUGAGGUGAAGACAGCCUACAUGAUGCGCCAAAUCGGCCCGGUGCAGCUGGUGCCAGACAGACCAGUGACAGACGAGUCUCUUCGAGUGUGUGCCCAUCCCGGGCCGAGUUGCUGUACCAGUAAGAUGGAAGACAACUACAUGGCGGCUGUUCGCAGUGAAACCCAGCAGAAGAUGCGAUCCUACAGCUUUGAACUGAAAUACCUGAUUGCCGGGCACACCAAGGCCUACCAAGAAAACUUCGAGUCGCUUGUGACCUUCACAUCUAAUCUGACCAGCACUCUGUUCGACAGCGCGUACUCCACCCUGGCAUCUGACUGUCGCCCUCUUGUGUCUCAGCUGUUCAGUAACAUCCAGCAGCACCUCUCCGGAGAGUCAAAGUCCUCCCUGGACAACGCGGUCCGCCGUUUCUACGAUGACCUCUUCCCACUGGUCUACCAUCGCCUGCUCAAUCCUGGUAUCGGCCGUGUGUCACGCCAGCAUUAUUUAUCCAUCUCCACCAAUCACGAUGAAUGUUUGCGAAUGACGCGACACGAUGUCAGUCCUUUUGGUCCUUACCCUCACCUCCUGGUCAACAGCAUAUCGCGUGCACUGGGCAUAGGCCGAGCCCUGAACCGGCUGCUGAGGCUGGCUGGAGAGGUUGUGAAUGCAACUGAGAAGGCGACGUUAUCCAGAGAGUGUGGGCGGGGCUUAGUGAGGAUGCAGUACUGUUCCCAUUGCAGAGGGUUAACAUUGAUACGGCCGUGUACCGGACUGUGUGUCAACAUUAUGAGAGGCUGUCUGGUGAGCGUGUCAGAGCUCGCUGUCCCCUGGGGAAGCUUGGUGGAAUUACUUCAACGGUUGGCCGCCACCCUAGCAACAAGCAGCAGCCACGCCAGCAUGGAGUUAGCUCUGCUAGCAGUCCGGAACCACGUGAAUGAUGCCAUACUGCACGCUCAGCUGCAUGGACCGCGGAUCACAGCCAUAGUGGAGAAGGUGUGCGGCCCCCAGUCAGCCGCUCCCAUGAUGCCAAGUGAAUUUCCAACCGUUCUGAAUGGUUCAGCCUCUGUGACCUCAGUGACCUCAGACAAGUCUUCCUUGACUUUACCUCCUUCAGUGUUUCCUGCUGCUCAACAAAGUCUGUUGCUGCAAUCCCACAGGUCAUUCCCACUUAAAGGCUCCAAAGGUGACAAGUCUCGCAGCCUUAAAAAGCUGUCUAGGGAGUUUCAGGGCUCCAUUCAGCGGUACCAGUGGUUCUUCUCGGAGCUGCCAGAGAUGUUAUGUGAAAGUGAGAUGGAGGUUGAGCAGCACACAUGCUGGAGUGGCCAAGAUGUCAUCGAAAGUUAUGCAGGUCAUGUGGUUGGCAGCAGUUUGAAAACCCAGAGAGAGAAUCCAGAGAUGACUGUCCGUAAUACAGAUCCUGUCCUGAAGGGGGCCAAACUGAGGCUGGAGCAGCUUACGCAGGAGGUGCUGCUGGAACAAGGGUGGGCCAAACGAGCUCGAGGAAGGGGGGAUGAAGAGGAGGGAGGGAGUGCACAGAUAGAGAGGAGCAGUGGAGAUGACUGUGAUGAUGAAGAUGGUUGCGAAGCAUCUGGUGAUAAUGGUGGUGGCACAUCUAGUGGCCAUAGUCCAGGAACGAGGUCUCAUCCAAUCCACCCACCUCAUCAACUCUCCCCUCCACAGGUAGCCAUUCGAGGCUCUGCUCAUCGAUUUUCCAGUGACCUCUCACAUUUGACCUUGAUGACGCUGCUGUACCUCCUGCUGUCGCCAUGGGAACCCCGUUGACCUUCAAGAGACAAAUAGACAGAAAGACACAGAGAUGACCACAAACAUUUUGUGGUGGAGUUUGGCUUUUUUGAGUUUCUACAUUCACAAGCUUAUUUUGGGACUUCUGGGCGGCUCUGACACGGGGACAAGUUGUGGAUUUAGUAUCACAGUCGCAGGUAUGCAGUAUGCAUUUUUUAUGACCUGUACUGACCUCUACGUACAUUUGUUUAUUCUUGUUUAACGUCGAUGUAAUAGAUUGCACAGCACUACUGACUUUUUCUUGAAGAGAUAUGUAAAUACAAAUUAUAUAUAUUUAUACAAAGAGUUUCUAUAGGUAACAAUGGUGUGAUGUGUAUAUAGAAAUUAAUUUAA